AUGCGCAAGAAGAUGGAGGAGCAGGGUGUGAACCAGCAGAAGGCUCAACAGGACGCCCAGGAAGUUAACAUGCUCAAAGAGGCCAGCUACGUGCAGAAGGUGGCGCUGGUCUCGGCUCAUGAGCGUGCCGAGGGAAUCCACUACAAAGAAUCAAUGAAAACCACGUGGAGACCCCCGCGUAGCAUCGCAGACAUGACCCAGGAAGAAUGUGACGCAGUCCGCAAAAAGUGGCACAUCCUAGUAGAAGGAGAAGACGUGCCGCCGCCCAUCAAGUCUUUCGAGUACAUGCGCUUCCCGCCAGCCAUUCUAGACGCUCUAAAGGCAAAGAACAUCCUGCGACCCACGCCUAUUCAAGUGCAGGCGAUCCCGUGUAUUCUAGCAGGGCGAGACAUGAUCGGCAUCGCAUUCACAGGUUCGGGUAAGACAGUGACAUUUACUUUGCCGCUCGUCAUGUUGGCGCUUGAGGAGGAGAAAAAGAUGCCGAUUAUUGGCCACGAAGGACCUUUUGGGCUCAUUGUGGGGCCCUCACGCGAGCUCAUGCGACAGACUUUCGACGUAGUAACGCACUUUACGUCGCACCUGUUCAAGGCGGGGUACCCAGAGCUCCGUGGUCUUCUCUGUAUCGGUGGAGAAGACAAACGCCAGCAGUCAGACUUGAUCGCCAGUCGUGGUGUCCAUAUUGUGGUGGCUACUCCUGGUCGACUGAAUCAUUUCCUGAAGCUACGGGAGAUGAAUCUGCGACUGUGCAAAUAUAUUUGCCUGGACGAGGGGGAUCGCAUGCUGGACUUGGGAUUCGAUGAGGAAGUUGCUGCGACUUUUAACCACUUCACAAGUCAGAGACAAACGCUGUUGUUCUCAGCGACGAUGCCUCAGAAGUUCCAGGAUUUCGCCAAGGACGUGCUAGUGAAGCCUGUUCUAGUGAACGUUGGUCGUGCUGGUGCUGCCAACCUGGAUGUGAUCCAGGAAGUUGAAUAUGUCAAGCAGGACGCCAAGAUUGUUUAUCUGCUAGAGUGUUUACAGAAGACAAGUCCGCCUGUUGUCAUUUUCUGUGAGCGUAAGGGGGACGUUGAUGAUAUUUACGAGUAUCUGAUUCUGAAAGGUGUUGAGGCGGCUUCAAUCCAUGGUGGGAAAGAUCAGGAGGAGCGUAAUGAGGCCAUUGAUCUGUUCAAAAGUGGACAAAAAGACGUGCUAGUGGCAACGGAUGUGGCUGCAAAAGGUCUCGACUUCCCAGAUAUUAAGCAUGUUAUCAACUUCGACAUGCCUGCAGAGAUCGAGAAUUACGUGCAUCGCAUUGGUCGUACAGGUCGCUGUGGCAAAACUGGAGUUGCUACCACGUUCAUCAACAAGAGCGUUCCUGAGAGUGCAUUGCUGGACCUAAAGCAUUUGCUCGUCGAAGCCAAACAGACAGUGCCGCCAGUUCUCAAGGCUUUGGAAGAUCCUUACGAAGAGCUGGAGCGCAGCGGCAGUGCGCUUUCGAAUGCCACAGGAACGAAGGGCUGUGCAUUCUGUGGUGGUCUGGGGCACCGUAUCACAGAUUGUCCCAAGGUGGACUCUCAGGUGCGGAAGAUUGGAGCUGGUAAACGCGACUUUCUUGCUGGGAAGAGCGAAGGAUACGGAGGAGACUCACUUUGGUUAACAGGAAGAAAAAAACACUCAUACCACAAUUUUACUACUUCAAAGGAGUUAAAGUUUUCGUGA